AUGGCAUCUGGAAACCAUCACCACCAGGAGCGACCCGGAGGUUUUCUCCCCCCAAUUCUUCCCUCUCCACCCGCCUCGUCUCCCAGCAUCGCGCCAUCCACCCUUCCCCAUCCUCGGGACCAUCCUCUAAAGGCCGGUGGCGCCAAAGAAUCCCAUCUCAUCCGCUUUGUGGAUCAGCGGAUUCUCCACAUCCAGCGGAGAUAUGCAAAGCGGACGGAGGGCGGGUUCACCGUCGGGCAACCAGUCGGCGAAGAGAAGGAUGAUACGAGGGGGUAUACGAGCUUAGGAGAGGCGGCGACGGAGUUGGAGAGGGUGGUGGAUGUGGUUUGGAUCUCAGGGACACCAUCCGUACAAAUCCCGUAUCUCCUCAACCUCGCGCUGUUGCUAUCAACCUAUCUUUCCGGGUUUGCCUCUCCCCGCAGACUAACCAGCGUGCUACGACCGCUCUUCUCUGUCCUGGGCAAGCUGGAUCUCGCGUUCGCCUCUCUCAUUCAGGGCCGCAACGUCGAGACGGAGGAGCCAUUGCCCGGGAGCGAACGAAAGGCGUCGCUUAUGAACGGCACCGAGAAAGUCCGGCUGAAGAGCAUCGUGGACGGCUCGCGGGUACGCGUCAUGGAGAUUGUCACGUCGGCCUACGUAGAUGACGAGGACGAGGAAGAAGGGAUUGGGAUUACGGCCACUGAGACCGAAACGGAAGGGGAAGGAGACGGGCCGACGAGAUACCAUUCGAGUCGAGCGGAUGAUGUGGAUGAGGAGAUGAUGAGUGAUGAUGAGCCGACGAGCUGGGAGAUGGCUGCGGCGAGAGUAUAUGAUCGGACGCUGGUAAUGUUGGGAGACACGAUUGGAGGGACUCCCAUUGGGAUCAUCACGGAGGAUUGA